CUUCUGGGAGCCAACUGACUUGAGCUGCUGCUGGGAUCACUAGGAGUGCUCUUGCUGCAGCUGACUCCUCCAGCACCAGAAAAGGUAAAACAUCACAAUGAAGGUGGCAGUUCUGUGUUUAUGCCUUAUCAGCAUCACCGCUGCAUGGCCAGUGAGUAAAUCCAAGCAGCAUGCCAUUUCUGCCAGCUCCGAAGAAAAAUAUGACCCCAGGGGCCAUCACUUGCACAGAUAUCACCAUGACCGUGGGAAUUCUCAGUCUUGGGAGAGUCAGCAGCACACACAGACUGACCUGGCAUCACCUCAGCAGACCCUUUACUCUUCAGAAGAAAGCGUGGAUGUCCCAGUGGAACCGCACUUUCCUGAUGUGUCAAGCAAAAGCCAUGAAGAUGUGAAUGACAAUGAUGAUGACGAUAAUGAUUCCAAUGACACGGAUGAAUCCGAUGAGGUUGUCACGGGUUUUCCCACAGACAUUCCAGUCACUGUACCAUUCCCCCCAUUCCCUUUCACCCGGGGAGACAACGCCGGCAGAGGCGACAGCGUGGCCUACAGGAUGAGGGCAAAGGCUGCACUGGUGAAGUCUAUCAAACUCCGCAAAGAUGCAAAAAAGGUCAUGUAUGAUGCCACUGUGGAAGAUGAGAGCGAUCUGGAUGCAGACAGCCAGCGAGCAGGGUUCUCCCAGGAGGAUUCUGCUUCCUGCCGCUCCCUGGAGAAGCAUGCCAUCAGUGAUGUAUCUUGAAGCAGCAUCGUCAUUGAGGAAACCUGCUGAACUCAGCCUUUGGGUAUUAAACCCCUUGAGGAAGCCGCCUUACCUCUUCCAGAGCUGUGAUCUCCUCCUGCCCAAUUUCACUAUCAUGCUACUGCUUCAGGCCAACGAAGUUGCAAAGAACUGCUACAAUGCUUCUUAAAAGAAGUCUAAAAAGCAAUUAUGAGCUUUGAGGAACCAUUUGAAGGGGCAAGCAUUAGUCCAAAAGGCAUCUUUCACAGGUUUAGAAGCUGGGUACCGCAAACAGGGUGUUGGGCACCAACCUUUAGCACUGAGCUUAAAAAGGAGUUUUGAACUGUAUGUUUUUAGGUACAGAGCUUGACACCGACUGUGCAGAGCAGGCCAAGUGGUGCCCAUCACCAAUAGCUCUGCUCAGCACACAGAUACUUUCAUGGCUGUGCAGGGACAGCAGGGGCAGCCCGGAGAGGCACAAGUCCCCCUUAUAACACCAUGUUUUUUCAGAAGAGGGCAAAAGCAGACUGCCGGAGGGAGAAGCUGAAAGCAGUACCUCUCAAAAGAAGAGGAACACAGCUAUAGAAGAAUAAUGAUUUUUCCCCUCACCUCUUGUAGUUAUUUAGUGCCAUCAUCCCGUGCCAAGGAGCAGGGACUGAGAUGGACUGAAAUACCACCCAGACCCCAGCAAACCCCUCCUCCCAGUGCUCAGCCUUCCUGCUAAGCUGACAGCCAAACCUGGGCAACUGGAGGGACCCUGAGCACAUCCAGAUUUUUGGAGGAUGGAAGAUGCUCCAAAGCCUCCAUCCUUUGCCAAGAGAAGCACUUAGUGCCAUUGAGAAGGGUGCAAAUCAGUCUCAGCAAUAAGAAACCUACCUGAGUUUUUCUUCUGCAGAACAAGCCACUCACUACUGCCUCCCACCAAGGGCUUCAAAAAUGUUUUUACUUAAUUCAAACUGUCUCAAUAUGUAUUUCUCUAAUAGACCAUCCACCAGCACUUCCCCGUUAAGAGAUUGGGAAAUGUAUUCCGAGGUCACAACCAUUGCUAUAGUCAAGCAAAGGCACAAUUUGACACAUGAAUUGCAAUGCAAUUCUCAGUGGGACUAGUAAAAAUUAUUAUAAGUGAA